ACUGAUGUAUACAUUUAAUUAUUAAAACUCCGUCAGUCGUGUUGUUGCUGAAAUUGGGAGGAAGAAAUCACUGCAUAUUACGUUUUGCAAAUUUCGUUUUAAAUUUAGUGAGAAAGAUGUCGAAUUCGAAACCAAUUUUUGCAUAUUACGACAUGCGUGGGCUAGGGUAUCCUAUCAAGUUGGAACUUGCUUAUCUUGGGAUUGACUACGUCGAUAAGCGAUACCCCAUAACACAAGCUGGGCUGGAUCAGUAUCGCAGUGACAAGGCAAAUUUGGGUCUGGAUUUUCCAAAUGUGCCGUAUUGGAAACACGGCGACAUAAAUCUAACCGAGACUCGUGCAAUUUUGAAAUACAUAGCGCGCGAAGAGGGUGGCGGGAAAUUAAUGCCGACGGACCGUGUGGGCCUGGCGAACGCGGAAAUGUUGGAGGGUGUUCUGUGGGACGUUUGGUGGUUCCUAAUCAAUCGAUGUUACCGUGACACGGAUGACGUAAUCGAAGAGUUGGGCGAAUCGCCGGCAAAAUUUGAAAUGCUGGAUAAGUUCCUCAGAAAUAAGGAGUGGCUUCUGGGUGACAAGAUUUCGUACGUGGACUUCAUGCUGUACGAGAUUCUCUACCAGUACAACGUCUACGAUUCCGAAUAUCUCGGCCCCUACGGCGCCCUGCUCAAACUGAAGGCCAACUUUGAAGGGCUCCCUGCAAUUAAGAAAUUCAUGGCGUCGCCGGAGUACAUGGCAGCCCCGUGUUAUCACCCCUUGUACAUGAGGUACAAAGCGGUUGGACUCACUUGCUAGAUAAGCCGGGUUGACAAAGGCUCAAUGAAAAUAAAAAUAUUUGUACAUUAAAUAAUGGUGGUACUGCUGCAAAAUAUAUAAAAUUUCCUGUAUGCAUAUAAUCGUUAUUUAGCGUUAAUCCUAAGUACUUGAUCAAGCCAACCACAAAACUUUCAUUUAUGCCCGGUAAUCAAAACAAUAUAGUUAGAUAUGGACAAAAAAUGGUAUUCAUUUGCUUUCAGUAGUCGCAAGUCAACGGUACGAUUGGUAUAACAGAAGCGAACGAAUUUGUACAUGUUUGUGAAAUUUGAAGCUAAUAAAAUUGGCAAGCCUGUAUGAGUUGUGCAAUGUACAAGA